CCCGGUGAGAGCCCCGGGCGGGACGGGCUGAGGGGAACCGGGGAACCGAGAGCGGGGGAGCGGGGAACCGAGAGCGGGGAACGAGAGCGGCAGCGGGGGCUGAGCGGCUCAGGGAGGUGCGGCCGCUGCGCGGUGACGAGGGUCCCUGGAGUGUCCCAGAAGUGUCUCCAGCCAUGGAGAAGUGGAGCCUGAUGACAAUCACGGUGUUGCUGGCACUCACCGUGCGCUGGGCUGUGUCCCUGGGCUCCUACUCAGGGGCAGGAAAACCACCCAUGUAUGGAGACUACGAGGCUCAGAGGCACUGGCAAGAAAUCACCUACAACUUACCCAUCAGGCAGUGGUACUUCAAUACAAGUGACAACAACCUGCUGUACUGGGGCCUCGAUUACCCACCUCUCACUGCCUAUCACAGUUUUGUGUGUGCUUACAUUGCAAAGUUAAUAAAUCCUGAUUGGGUUGCUCUGCACACCUCUCGGGGCUAUGAGAGUCAGCCCCAUAAGUUAUUUAUGCGUACAACAGUGUUUGUUGCUGAUUUGCUGGUUUAUAUCCCUGCAGUUAUUUUAUAUUGUUUUUCCUUGAAAGAAACAUCUGCUAAAAAAAAGGUUUCCAGUGCUCUCUGCAUCCUGCUGUACCCAGGCCUCAUCCUUAUCGACCAUGGGCACUUCCAAUACAACUCAGUGAGCCUUGGCUUGGCCUUGUGGGCUGUCCUUUGUUUGUCCCAUGACUGGGAUCUCCUGGGCUCCGUGACGUUUUGCUUGGCCUUAAAUUAUAAGCAAAUGGAGCUCUACCAUUCCCUGCCCUUUUUUUGCUAUUUACUUGGAAAGUGCUUCAAGAAGGGACUGAAAGGAAAGGGGUUGGUGCUCUUGGUUAAACUGGCAGGGACAGUGCUGUUGUCCUUCGCUGCCUGCUGGCUCCCGUUCGGCACCGACGUGGAACAAAUCAUGCAAGAUAAAGUAGCCAAUAUUUGGUGCAGUCUAAGUGUCCUUAUAAAGAUAAAGAAUGUAAUAUCCCCUCGAACUCAGCUAAAACUCAGUUUUGCUGUAACAUUCCUGAGCCUGCUGCCUGCCUGUAUCAAGCUCACUGUCCAGCCUUCCCUGCGAGGGUUUAAAUUUGCCUUGGUCAGCUGUGCCUUGUCAUUUUUCCUGUUCUCCUUUCAAGUCCAUGAAAAAUCGAUUCUUCUUGUGUCAGUCCCAGUCUGCUUAAUCAUAAAUGAAAUCCCCUUUAUGGCCACAUGGUUUCUACUGGUGUCAACUUUCAGCCUGCUGCCCCUGCUGCUGAAGGACGGGCUGCUGCUGCCCUACGCCGUCACCACGCCCGCCUUCCUGGCCGUGUGCCUGGCCUCCUUCUCCAUCCUGGAGAAGACCUCAGCAGAGGACCUGCAGCUCAAGGCCUUUUCCCUUUCCCUCAAGGGUUACGUGUCCUGGUUUAAGUCCUUUCCCAGGAUUGUCAGGAGCCUGUUCCUCCUGUCCCUGGCCCUGAUGGGAGCGCUGUCAGUGCUGAGUGCUGCGGUGCCUCCUCCCCAGCGCCUGCCAGAUUUGUUCCCCAUGGCCGUGGCCGUGGUUUCCUGCCUCCACUUCCUGCUGUUCCUGGUGUAUUUCAAUGUUGUGAUACUCUGGGACUCCAAGAAUAGAGGGCAGAAGAAGAUCAGUUAAUGAAGCUGGAGCUGCAGGACUGAGAGGUGCCAGCACUGCAGAGAAACCUGUGUGUGAUGGACACAACUCCAGGAAAGCCAGGAAAAACCUUUUGCUUAUUUAAACACAAAGCAAUCAGAGACUGUUUUAAAGGAGAAAUAUUUUGAAGAGCAGUGGGAAUGGGAUUUGAUUUGUUUUCUUUGGAAGUGUCACACUUUUGUUACCAUUUGUAAACCUAAAAUGCCUAAUAAAGGACCAAAUUUUGAAUUAAUGCUAAAAUACUCUAUUAGCAAAAGCAGCAUGAAGUUU